AUGGAAUUGCUCAAGUUGUCAAAAUUCAAAUUGCAGCUUCAGUCAAUGAUCGGAGAAGUGCGAGACCUCCGUGAAAGGGAGCGAUCAGCCACAGAUCACAUUACUAUUGCGAAUCAGAAACAGAAGCAAACGGAGGAGGAAUACAGCAGGAAAGUGCAGGAGCUACAAGCUGAGCUAGCUUCUUCUAGAGAAACUCAGGAGGCACUCGAGAGGAAGGUGAGUUACCUUCAAAACGACUAUGGUUUGCUGGAAAACAAGCAGAUUGAAUUGAAGACUACUAUCCAAAAUCUGCUCCAGUCACGAGAAAGUUUCCUCAAUGGUUACCAGGAGUCGUUUUGUGAAAUGAAAUGUUCAAUUGAAGACAGGGAUAGGAAAAUUGCCAUCCUACAACAGAAGAUAACCUCUCAUUUAGCAUUGUUUGAUUCAAUUGAGAAAGAGGCCUCGGCAAUCAAAAAUGUCAUACACGACGUUCAGGGCCUUGUGGAUCAAAAAGAAGAUGUAGUGGCUGGCUUGAAAGAGAAGAUGGAUCAUGUCUCUACUUAUGAAAAAGUGUUUAUCGAGAAAAUCAGUACGUUGGAAGAGAAAAUAGCAAAUCAGGAAACAGAAUUGCAAAGCAAGGAGAAUUUAGUAUCAGAGCUCUCCGCUCAGCUGGAAGCAGCAAAGAUUAAAAAUGAAAAUCAAUUUCAUCCUUACCUUCAGAAAACCUUGCGGGUCAAAGAUGUCGUUAUAGAGAACUUGGUUUAUGAGAAAGAGGCAUUGCAUUCUGAAGUGAAGAGCUUAGAGAUGGUGUUACAGCGGAUUCAGGAAUCUGUCACCCUUAUGACCGAAGAGGACAAAAGAGUGUUCACAUCAAUACUGACAUUACAAGGUGCCGAUGAGAGAAACAAAAAUUCCAGGUACAAUGAUACAGUUGACAAUAUGGAGGAACUUCCAUGUGAAGCUCCCAUUAUGGGUUCCCAAGAAAAUUCAGUAAGCGUUAUUCCAUCGGUGUCUCCAUGGUGUCAGCACCAAAACGCAGAUGGCAGUUUGAUGCAGGACACUGAUCAUCAGCUGGAUUCAGCUCAGUAUCUGCAGCAUAACACUCUCAGUGGCCAAUGGCAGAGUACUAAUAACCAUAACCAAUUUGAGACGGAGUGUUUUGCAGGACAAGUGCAAAGAAUCGAUAAACCAGCCUGGUUCAGAAUGCUCAACAAAUCGCGUAUAAGAGAGUUGAAGAACCGAGGAAACUGGUUCAGUACACUUUCACCAGUAACGCCUUUUUGGCUUUUCCUUGUUUAUGUUCAUGAUUGUGUUUGUGUUUGUCUCAAGUAG